CUUUCGUAAACGCUAUCUCUUCGAAAGCAGCGGCCUGCAAGAACCCCUUUAAGGCCUUUCCAUCAUGGCGGUCGUGCGGCCAGUGUCUCCGAGGCAGACAGAGAAAAAGGCUCGCAAAGGAGAGGGGCCGGACUCCGCUCGAGCCUGGUACCUGGAGUUCUUCUGCUCUACGUAUGUUCUCUUCGGCUGGGCCGGUAUCGCAUCGACACCUGUGCUCUACGUCGGUCUCAUCAGGGAGUUCGGCAUACCGAGAGAAGAUGCAUCCGCCCCAUUCACUGCUAUGAUGUGCGCCUAUUUCUUAGGAAGUAUGGUGUACGCGAUCCUGUCCAAAUGGCUCCGUGAAAAAGCACUCCUGCUUCUAGGAGCCACUAUUUCAUCGGCCUCGCUAAUGGUGGGGUACUUCAUCACGGACGUCAACCUCCUGAUAUUCGUCUUUGGACCAAUUCACGGGUUCGGCGCAGCAGUCGUGGGCGUCGUACCUGGCAGCUUGAUAUCUCAGUAUUUUGUGAAAUAUCGCGCAACAGCUAUGGGCAUGAUGUCCGUCACCCUCAGCUUGACCGGCAUCGUGUAUCCACCUUUAACCGCUUUCCUCAUUUCCCACUUUGGGUUCUCAACGACGUUGCUUAUGCUCGGGGCGAUAAGUCUGAACCAGUUUGUCUGCUGCAUCCCUCUUUCCGGUGCUCCAUGGAAGAACGAAGUGAGCCCAGACCGUAGCGACGUUUCGACCACUCCUUGUUCCAACUUAGUCAAGACUCCUUCCUCCGAUGUCGUGCUACAAAAUGGCUUCGACAAGUUCUACCCGUCGACGAAUUUGUCCUGCUCCAGCCCGCAGCUCAGCCACGAAGAAUUUGGCAAAGGCGUUCAUUACUGCGCGGCAGAAAACUACCAUAAUGCUCAGCUAACAUUAAAGGCACCGGAAAAGAAACGCUCUGUCCUUUCCCAAGUCAGGCCCUUCGUCCGCGCUUUCUUCAUUCACACUUGCCUGUCCAACAUAUGCAGCACGUUCAUCAUUUUCACCUUAUCCCUCAUCCUCGUUGACUUCGCCCACGACAACGGUAUCACACGGUACGGCGCAGCUAUGCUCGUAAUCAUCAUGGGAGUUGGUUGGACGGUGGCCAGCCUGACCAUUGGUCCAGUCGUCGACAGGGGUUACUUGAUGAAGGAGACUGUCAUCAGCGUCAGCUUCUUCCUCCCAGCAGUGAGCCUCGUGCUCAUGGUCUUGCUGAAGACCAGUUACGCUUGGCUUCUGGUCAGCAGCUUCCUGAUUGGCUGGGGACAUGGGACAAGAGCCUUUCUCCUGUUCGUCGUCGUGUCUGAGAGAUUUCGUGCGUCCCUGCUACCGCUCGGAUUCGCAAUCAUGAGCACCUCGUGCUUCGUACCGUUCUUGUGCAGGACUCCGUUGAUAGGUUAUGUCCGUGAUGAGCUUGGCUGUUAUGACGGUCUGUUUCUCGCACUGGCUGUUCUGGCCAUAGCCAUGACAGUUUCCUGGAGCACGGUAACACUUAACAAGUGGAAACGCCGCCGAGACAAGCUAGUGAUAACAGCGCCAUUUAGAGACUGAACGUUGUGAAUGGAGAAGGACUUUCAUCUGAGCUUGCGUAAAGUACCUGGGAAUGAGUCAUUACUCCUACCAGACGCGACCCCGGUGACUGACAGGCCCAACCACGCCUGAUUCCGAAGGUCAAAUGCUGCAGAAAUAGGAGGAGUUCAUCAUGAAUUAAGACUUUAUUUGUACCACCAUAAGCUGAGGAACCGCAAAGCCUUUAUAUUUUAGGGUGUUCAAAUUAAUAUUUAUUGUUGAACUCAACGAACAGGAAUAAAGUUUAACAACAGA